UGAGUCUUUUCUAGCUGCUCUGGUUCUAUGGUGGGACGAGUUCCGUGACGUCACUGUAAACAAACAUGGCGGGCCGUUGACAGCUCUGUAGCUAACUCCUUUAACAUAUGUAUUUAAAAAGCCGUCCUGCACGUGAACAAGAUAUUCAGGUUCACUCAGACCUGUAGUCCUGGUUCCCCACUCAGACCUGUAGUCCUGGAUCUCCACUCAGACCUGUAGUCCUGGAUCCCCACUCAGACCUGUAGUCCUGGAUCCCCACUCAGACCUGUAGUCCUGGUUCCCCACUCAGACCUGUAGUCCUGGAUCCCCACUCAGACCUGUAGUCCUGGAUCCCCACUCAGACCUGUAGUCCUGGACCCCCACUCAGACCUGUAGUCCUGGAUCCCCACUCAGACCUGUAGUCCUGGAUCCCAACUCAGACCUGUAGUCCUGGACCCCCACUCAGACCUGUAGUCCUGUAUCCCCACUCAGACCUGUAGUCCUGGAUCCCCACUCAGACCUGUAGUCCUGGAUCCCCAUUCAGACCUGUAGUCCCGGACCCCCAUUCAGACCUGUAGUCCUGGAUCCCCACUCAGACCUGUAGUCCUGGUUGAUGCAGUGACAGUGGAGACAUGGAGCAGUACAGUAUUCUGGGUCGGAUCGGAGAAGGAGCCCACGGCAUCGUCUUCAAGGCCAAACACAUCGAGACUGGAGAGACGGUGGCUCUGAAGAAAGUGUCCCUGAGGCGUCUGGAGGACGGCAUCCCCAACCAGGCUCUGAGGGAGAUCAAGGCCCUGCAGGAGAUCGAGGACAACCAGCAUGUGGUGAAGCUGAAGGACGUCUUCCCUCAUGGCACAGGCUUCGUCCUGGUGUUUGACUUCAUGCUGUCCGACCUCUCUGAGGUCAUCAGGAACUCUCAGCGACCUUUGACCCCGGCUCAGGUCAAAGGUUACAUGAUGAUGCUGCUGAAGGGCGUGGCUUUCCUGCAUCACAACAACAUCAUGCACCGGGACCUGAAGCCAGCGAACCUCCUCAUCAGCUCUUCAGGUCAUCUGAAGAUCGCAGACUUUGGCUUGGCCAGAUUGUUCAGUGAGCAGGGAGAGAGGCUGUACAGCCACCAGGUGGCCACCAGGUGGUACAGAGCACCUGAGCUGCUGUACGGAGCCAGAAAGUACGACGAGGGAGUCGAUCUAUGGGCGGUGGGCUGUAUCUUCGGGGAGCUGCUGAACUUGUCUCCUCUGUUUCCUGGAGAGAAUGACAUUGAACAGCUCUGCUGCGUCCUCAGAGUGCUGGGAACUCCAACACAGGACAGCUGGCCUGAGAUCGUGGAGUUGCCAGAUUACAAUAAAAUCACCUUUAAGGAGAACCCAGCGAUCCCAUUGGAGGAGAUCGUCCCUGACACGUCGCCUCAGGCCGUCGAUCUGCUCUACAAGUUCCUGGUUUAUCCGUCCAAACAGCGCUGCUCCGCCAGACAGGCUCUCCUCCAUCCAUUCUUCUUCUCCUCUCCUCUUCCUGCUCACCACUCAGAGCUGCCCAUCCCUCAGCGGGGGGGCCGACCCCCCCGCCAGCGCCUGCAGGCUCCGCCCGCUGACUUCUCCGUGGACCUGCCCCUGCAGAACAGCGUGGUAGACCCCGAGCUUCUGCAGGGACAUGCAUCAUGCCUCUGAGCCGAGCGGCCAAUCACCUUCCUCCUACAGUGACUCUCUGCUGAUGUUUAUUUUAAUAUUUUAAUUUAUUUCUUGACAGGAAGUGAUCCUCCAUCCUCUCGUUUCCUGUUGCGCUUCACUCAAUUGUUAUGACUGAUAAUAAAACGAGAUGAUGAUUUAAUAUAACAUGUA